AUGAGACUAAUGGCAGCUCUUCCUGGAAACAUGCUGACCGUCAGGAUGUUUCUGAGUGUCUUCAUUCUUCCAGGUGCUUUGGCUCAUUACUGUCAUAAAAAACCAGCGAUCUUCAAUAUCACGGCACCAAACAACAUUGAAGCUCUGAGUGGAUCUUGUUUGGAGAUCCCAUGUAGUUUUAUUGCAAAUCAUUCUGAAUUUAACAAGGAAAUUAGUAUCUAUGGCAUUUGGAUGAAAGGUACUUUAGACUUUGACUCUAAUCCAAAUGAUGUAAUUUUCAACAGCAGUAAGUCAGUGAACACCUAUCCAUUGGAAUUAACUGGAAACCUUUCAGAGAACAACUGCACCACACUGUUUUCUGAUUUAAACUCAAGAUAUACAGACAUGUACUUCUUCAGGAUUGAGAACGGACCGUUCAGAGCAACAAGCUGCGCUCAUCCUCUCACUAUAACAGUUAAAGAUUCUCCUUGGAGUCCCAGCAUUAAUGUUCCCUCUGACCUGAAGGAGCAUCAGUCUGUCACUGUAACCUGCUCAGCUUUCACUCCCUGUCCACACUCACCUCCUCAACUCACCUGGAAUCUCCAACAAGACUCUCUCAGACAAACAGAGAAAAACACAGAUGGAACCUUUACAACUAAAAUCCAGGAGAACAUCACUCUGUCAGACACACAUGAUGGAUACAACAUCAGAUGUUCUGCCAGAUAUCCUGUGAUUGGAGGAAACAAGACAGCAGAGACAGAAGUGACUCUCAGUGUUUCAUAUGCUCCUAGAAACACCUCAGCAUCCAUCAGUCCAUCAGGUUUGGUGUCAGCAGGUAGCUGGGUGGAGCUGAGCUGCUCCAGCAGAGCCAAACCUCCACCCAGAUUCACCUGGUUCUGGAUCAAUGACCAACAUGACAAAUAA